GAAUCAUAAUGGAACGAUUCGAACGUUAUUUAAAUAGGCGCAAAAAGGAACUGCAAUCGGAGUUUAAAACUUCCCGUGCAAUGUAUGAAAGUGCGUGUGAUACCUUGAUAGGAUAUUUCCACGUUAGUGGAGCAGAUCGUCUGCGAGGAGGCGACUAUACUCGCCUUAAUCCUCGAUUGAUUUUCCUUGUCUGCGAUUUGACCUUAUACAUUGUGGUCAACUGUUGGUGUUUGACUGUGUUUUGGGGACAAUUGACCGAUGUUGUGUUUUGUCUGGUAACGAUGGGGAUUGCUGUCCAGGGAUUUGCCAAGAUUGCCAACUACACCGAUGACCGCUUGUACGACCUUCAUGUCUACAAUGUGAAACGCUUCGACAGAGUAAGAGGCUAUCCUGAAGCUCACGAAUCCUUACAAACAACGGCCGUGAUGUGCAAAGUGUUCAUCAAGAUUUUCAGUUACCUGUUUACGAUGUUGACAACGUUCAUUCCGGUCUACACCAUCGUUUACUCGAUAACGUCCAGGUCUCUUCAGCUGCCCUUUGGAUUUUUCUUUCCUUGGAUUGACCAUACAAAGUUGUUCGGAUACCUCAUCAACUUGUCGUACCAUUUUCUCCAAAUCUACGAAGCUAGCUAUGGGCUGUUGGCCACCGAUACCUGCUUUCUCUUUUUCAUCUUGCAUGCGAUGGGACAGCUGGAUAUCAUCAUCAUUUAUUUGAAGAAACUCGACGAGCUUGCCCUGCAGUAUAACAAAACUAAGAGCGAUGAAGAAGUGUACCGUCUGCUAGAUGACAUUACAGAAAAACAUCAAGAGCAUAUGGAGUACAUGUCGAAAAUGGACUCCCUGUUGAAACCUGGAUUUUUCGUCAAUUUUUCCUGCAUGAUAGCGGAAACGGUUGCUUCACUUUACGUUCAAUCUGCGACUGAUGGUAUUUGGUAUCCUGGUUUGAUCGUAGUUCUCUUGUGUAUUGUUCAAUUAUUCAUCGCAUGUGCGCUGGGAACUGUCUACUCGACUAAGAAUGACCAACUGGUGGAUGAAAUCUACAACGUAUCCUGGUACGCACUGCCCAUUCCUGCUCAAAAAUCCCUUGCGCUGAUUUUGAAUUCCUCGCAGCAUCCGGUGGUUCUUUCCGAUGGGUUCGAUGCGAUUGAUCUGUUCGCUUUCGUACAGAUCUACAAGAAAAUCUACACGUACUUCACGAUGCUGCAGAGUUUCAACUAGAACAUCCUUCAAAGUUUUACACCGCUCUCGCAAUAAUAAGGAUGAGUGAUGUACGAGGCCAGGGAAAUUAUUUUACACGUCAACAGAUAUUGUAAUAAAUAUGGUAAUCAUUACCGGGGAACAUACAAAGCCCGAAUGGAAACGGAAUAAUGAAUGUCAUUUGCAGAGGAAGCGUAGCCAAGGGAUCGCAUUACAAGAUGAUGACGAAGACGACGAGACCCGGUGAUGAUGAUGUGUUAAGAAUUCUCCGGAUGUCGUCUGCCGCCGAGAAGGACCAUCGUCGGCGCGUUGGAGCAUGAUUUUCAAAAUACCUAGGGGAAAUUAAAAUUGUGAUGGAAUGUCUUGCUCGGUUUUUGAUGUUGGAUUUCUUUUCCACAUUCAGUGGCACCACUGUGCACUUUUAGUUCGUUCGUUAGCACAAGUUUUCCUAUUUGCACUAUGAGCUUGUCGUAUUACCAAGUCGUAUAAAAUGUAAUUUUUAUGUAAAUGUUCACAUUUUCCAAAUAGCUCCCAUAGCAACGGAAGGCAACAAGAAAUAUUCAUCGAAUAAAAACUAUCUAUUUACGCACCCACGAACGACUAUGUGAAUCAUAAUCAUCUUUCGAUCCAAUCUCAUUUGCCCUUCCUCUAGUUUUCCAUUAAACCGCCACGAAUACGAUUUGAGGGGUGGGGGUGUGUUUUUCCCUCUCGCCUUGAUUUCCCCUGCCACUGAUCCAGAGUAAUAAAAUAAUCAUAUUAAUAACAAUAAAUUUACAAGAGCGCGGAGAUGGUCUUUUGUGCGUUUUAGACACUCGAGAGCCAUUUCGUUUCAUCAUUCGUACAUACUCAGCCUCACAUAUUAUGGCGAAGUGAUUUAACGGCUUGCCAACCAAACAAGAGCCAUAAUAACAGAGGGGAAAAGGGUUGCUAGCACUGACUGGCUGUGAAUGAAUGACGACGACGAUUUUGGUUCUUUUUAUCGCGCAGGGUUCAUCGAAAAACAUUUCCCGAUCCAUUCCACAAGUCCAUUUAUACUGUCUGCGAUUCAUUCGUAUGACGAAUGGCUUCAUUGUCUGUGCUGCUCGCAAUAUUUAUGGUCCAUGUAGUGGCGUGCACGGCUAUUUAGUUGAUACUUAUUUAAAAGGAUUUUAAUUGAAUGAAGUUCAAGCUCUUGAUGAAAUUAGCACCCAAUCGUUUCCUGGA